AUGCCUUCUCAUAAGCCAACCCUCGCUCUGACGACCCCCGUCACGGGCACAUUCCCCCCAGAUGCUCUCAGGUCGGCCAUGUCGAGCAGGACUCCGCUGUCAGCAUCUUGGCGCGAACUGCCCUCUGCGGGCCUGCCAUCGGCCGGCAUCGUCUCGCCGCAUCCAGGAUUCGUGGCGGUCAAGACGGAGGAGAAGACGCCCAUCACCCCGCCUCUGGCCUACAUGGACUUCCUCAAGGCCAUGUCCGUAGGCAGCCCGGCAUUCCCGAGCCCCAGCAUGGCCAGCCCACCUUUGACGGGCAAGCACCCGCUGAACCGGACCUCCACUGCCGGGUCUACGUCGAGCAAUAAGACGGACACGAGUGCGUCAUCGGAAGACUCCAACGAAGAGGAACGCGACGAGAGAGAGAUCGAGAGCGGGCCGUCUACGGCGACCAGCGUGUCCACGGACGUAUCAUGCAAUUGUGAUCCCAUUCCAAAGUCGGCCAAGGCUGCAGUUCCUGCUAGCCCCUUUGCAAACUACCCUCUCUCAGCACCCCUCACGGGACCGGCGGCAUUCCCCAGCAUGAAGAUCCCUCCGUCACCCAUCACAAAUACCGACUCACCAGUGCGGUCGCCAUUUAGUGCGAGGUCAGUCAAGUCGCCCUUCGAUUGGGAGGCAGCCCUCAAGGCGAGGAGGUACGCGGACGCCAAGUCAAACCAUAGCUGCGGCAAGUCGUCAUCAUCGAGGACAAGUGUACGGCAUAUCCGAGAGGUCGUCACGCGGACAGUGACCUACACGCCGAGAAUGCAGGCCGCGCCUAAGGGCAAGAGGAGGAAGGUUGAGAAGGAAGCCGAGGCUUAG